GUGAUUUGUAAAGCUGGGAUGUACCGAUGUGAUCAAACAGAAUAAAUCAGGCACACGCGCGAGCAAAACAUGUCCUUCUUUUGUAGGCCCUGACCACGAGGCAUUUCAAGAUAUCCUGUAAUUGGCUUUGUUUUAGCAUUCUAAAAAAGAAAAUUUCAUUCAAUAUGGCCGCCGCCGCCGUUCAAAUCCCUAGACAGCCGGACAUUUCAUAUGCUCCCGACUAUGACAACUACCUCAACCGCAUCAAGCGGCGCCAGGAGAGCGAGAAGCUGGAAAAAUCUCUCCCACAAGGCUUUCCCGCCAAGCUUGAGUCCGAUCUUGUCUGGGAUGGAAGGAACUUGGCCGAGACAUACGACUGGAACUACGUUUUGACCGAGAGCGAUAUUGCUGAGAUCGACCAAGCCCUUCGCCACUUCAAGUCACUCAACUUGGGCCUGGGCUACGUUACUCAAGAGACUUUUCCCCUGCCAAAACUUCAUGAAACUCUACGGGAGAUCUCAAAAGAAGUUCACCUAGGUCACGGUUUCAAGGUCGUCAAGGGUGUUCCGGUUGACAACUACAGCCGUGAGGAGAAUGUCAUCAUCUAUGCCGGCAUUGCAUCUCACAUUGCCCCCAUUCGUGGCCGCCAAGAUCAUCAACUCGACGGAAAGCCAGCUGAUGUUGUUCUCGCACACAUCAAGGAUCUCAGUCAGGAGAUUGAUCCUCACAAGAUCGGAGCGCCAGCCUAUACGGCUGACAAGCAGGUUUUCCACACUGACGCCGGAGAUGUGAUUGCUCUCUUCGCUCUAGGAGAGCCUGAAGAGGGCGGCCAGAGCUUCCUGUCGAGCAGCUGGCAUGUGUACAAUGAGCUAGCAGCAACACGGCCCGAUCUUAUCCGGACUUUGUCUGAGCCUUGGGUUGUCGACGAGUUUGGGAAGCGUGGCAAGAGUCAUACCGUGCGACCUCUUCUAUACUUCCAGCCCGCUACUGCAGACACCCCUCAGCGCAUGAUCAUCCAAUAUGCGCGACGUACGUUCACAGGAUACUGGGGCCUUCCUCGAUCGACUGAUAUUCCUCCGAUUACUGAAGCUCAAGCUGAGGCACUGGAUGCUCUGCACUUCACAGCUGAAAAGUACCGCGCGUCGCUCGACUUCCACAAGGGCGACAUUCAGUUUGCUAAUAACUUGAGCAUUUUCCAUGCUCGUGACAAAUUCCGAGAUUCUCCAGAGAAAAGGCGCCACCUUGUCCGUCUUUGGCUGCGUGACCCAGAACUUGCCUGGGAGACGCCGGAGCCGCUGACUGAUACAUGGAACAGGAUUUACAAGGACGUUAAGCCUGAAAACUCUGUCUUCCCGCUGGAGCCAAGAGUUCGUAGCGCAAGUGACGGAAAGCCUGAUGAGAGGCCUGAUGAGAAGUACCAGUAGACUACAUGAAUCAAUUGACGCGGGGUGGUCUACAGUAGUAUAUCCAAUAUCCAGAAGAGCAGUUACACCACGUGCGUAUUUGGGAAUUCUUUGCCAAAUUGAAUGAUUGUAAUUCUGGUAGCGCAUGGGCUUCACAUAAUUACAUACAGUACAGCUGC